AUGACGGAGACCACCGGAAAAAAAAUGACGUCGAGUGCUCCAGCUCCGAAGUCCAGUCGAGGGUUCGACUGUAUGUCUCAAAUACGAGUAUUUGAGGAAAGUGUAGCAAGAGAAUUGAAGCAUUUGAAGGUAUUCCAAAACUAUCAACUGAAUCCAUCUCAUGUCCCGGUCAUCACAGAAAAGGUAAACCUUCACGAUCCCAAUGAGAAGAUUGUCUCCCAUCCAGCAUACGCCGAGAUCGCGAGGAAAGUACAGCAGCAUUUGGAACCCACCAUCAAAAAGCUCAGUUUUUCCGAAACGAGCUCCCAAGAGGUCGGCUGGCUCGUGCUCAAGGAGCUCGAAAAGGGAACGAAGUGGAGAACUGACGGUUCAACAACAAAGCUCCUACGGCCGAACUCGGAGCUCUACUGGAAUGCUCCGCAUCGCCCCUGCGACAUUACGAACUAUGGUGAGCUAUACGCCAAACAGAUGCACCAAAACAUGUUCCAAAAGCGAGACAGGCCGGAGACCGAGACUUCGGCAAGCUAG